AUGGCUGGUAGUAACGAAGUUAACGUCAAUGAAUCCAAGAGGGUGGUUCCACUUCAUACAUGGAUCCUCAUAUCCAAUUUCAAGCUAUCUUACAACAUGCUUCGUCGUCCUGACGGCACAUUCGACCGCGAUUUGGCCGAGUUUCUUGAACGUAAAGCUCCGACUACCUCGAUUCCGGUAGAUGGGGUUUGCUCUUUUGAUGUUUUUGAUCGAGCCACAGGCCUUCUCAACCGUGUUUACUGGGCAGCCACUGAAAAUGAGGUUCAAUGGGGCAUUGUUGAGCCUGAAAAGCCCUUGAGCACCACUGAAAUUGUUCCUGUAAUCAUUUUCUUCCAUGGUGGAAGCUUCACUCAUUCCUCAGCCGACACCGCCAUAUACGAUACAUUUUGCCACCGCCUUGUUAACCUUUGCAAGGCUGUUGUGGUGUCUGUGAAUUACAGGCGAUCGCCAGAGCAUCGUUACCCUUGUGCAUAUGAUGAUGGAUGGGCAGCUCUUAAGUGGGUUCAAUCAAGACCAUGGCUUAAAAGUGGGAGAAAAGAUUCCAAAGUUCAUGUAUACUUGUGUGGAGAUAGUUCUGGUGGUAAUAUUGCUCAUCAUGUUGCUGUGAGGGCUGCGGAAUCCGGGGUCGAGGUAUUGGGAAAUAUACUUCUUCAUCCCAUGUUUGGCGGACAAUUGAGAACAGAAUCGGAAAAGAGAUUGGAUGGUAAAUAUUUUGUAACAGUUCAAGACAGAGAUUGGUAUUGGAGAGCAUAUCUACCUGAGGGGGAGGAUAGAGACCAUCCAGCAUGUAAUAUAUUUGGUCCCCGGGGCAAAUGUAUUGAGAGACUAGAGUUGUUUCCGAAAAGCCUUGUGGUUGUGGCUGGAUUGGAUCUUUCUCAGGAUUGGCAAUUGGCUUAUGUUGAGGGGCUCAGGAAAUCCAAGCAAGAGGUGAAACUCUUGUACCUAGAGCAAGCGACGAUCGGUUUCUACUUCUUGCCCAAUAAUGACCAUUUCUAUUGCCUCAUGGAGGAGAUUAAAAACUUCGUGAAUUCUUCUUGUUAA